AUGGCCGGGGAGACGCAGGUCUCGGGCUCGGGGGACGCGGCCUGGCCCGACGGGAGCGUCGCGCCGAAUGUGAUCACCUACAACUCGCUGAUCAGCGCGUGCGAGAAGGGCAACAACCUUGCCAAGGCGACCGAGCUCUUCGACAUGCUCCAGCGGGACAACUGCGAGCCCACCGUGAUCACGUACAACGCGAUGAUGAGCGCCUGCGCUAGGGGCAGGGACUUGGAGAAGGCCCAGGAGCUCUUCGACGCGAUGCAGCAGAAAGAGAUUCGGCCAGACGCCGUGAGCUACAACGCGCUCAUCAGCGCCUGCGAGAAGUCCAGGCAGCCCGAGAGGGCGCUCGGGCUGCUCGACCAAAUGCAGGAGAACAGGGUCACCCCCACCAUCGUUUCGUGGAGCACCGCGAUCACGGCGUGCGAGAAGAGCCGGCAGCCGGAGAGGGCGCUGGAGCUAUUCGAGGCCAUGUUGCGCCAAGGAUGCACCCCCGACACCAUCACCUACAACGCGCUGAUCAGCUCCUGCGAGAAGGGCAGGCAGGCCGAUACUGCCCUGCUGCUGUUUGAGCAGAUGCAGGGCCAGCGGCUGGUGCCAGACGUAGUGACCUUCAACGCGUUGCUGAGCGCCUGCGAGAAGGGCGGGCAGCUUGACAAGCGGUUUCCCCGUUCGAGUUUCGCGCUGUUGAGGCUAUUUCAUCCUCAGUUGGCCCGUUCGAGCCUCGCGCUGUUCGGGGCAUUCAUGGCAGUCGCGGCGCUGGACGCUGCUGCCGCCCUGGCGCCGCUGGUUCGAGCGGCAGCCGAAGGCGCGGCAGCGGGGGGCGCUGCGAGGCACGGCAUCGCGGCCGCCGUGGCCGCCGCGGCGCGCGUCGGUGCUGAGCUGACCGGGGGCUGGGCUGCAGAUGGAGCUGGCGAUGAGGAGGACGCCGAGCUCGCCCUGCGGCUUCGGGCCAUCAGGCCAGCCCUGGCGCGCCUGAUCCGCGGCGAGAGGGCUUCGGGCGCCGAGCGGGCGACUCGGAACCUCGGGGCCCACGCCUUCCUCGGUGAAGGCGCCGAGGUCCUCGAGGCCGCGCUCGAGCGGCCGCAGGCCAGCCAGCGCCGUGGGCGGUCUGGCGCCCUCGCUCCAACGGAUCUGGGGGCUGUCAGCCAUCCUCCCCCUAAGGCGGGAUGGCGACCCAGCCUGGAGGCGAGGCGCUGCAGCAUGGCGCCGCCCACAGACGAGUGCGGCUACAACGGCGAUGCGAAGAACGACGAUGACGGGCACCAGCAGCACGUGGACGAGCAGCAGCACGUGCAGCUGCACAACCAGUACGAGAUCAAGUACGGCGUCGGCGACGAAGAGCUCGAGGGCUACGGCAGCGGUCCCGAUGAGGUCAGGUUCGAGUCCAAGCCCGAGCUCGGAAAGUGCGCUGGCGACGGAGCGCAGGACGAUGAUUCCAGGCACGUCGACGACGACACCCUCGGCGACGCCUGCACGGGCGAGGACGGUCUCUGCCCCGGCGAGGUGCAGGCGCCCCUCGGCACCCAGCACGACGAGCCGAGCGAUGCGCAGGACGAGGGCGAGUACGAGGAGUGCACGGACGCGGACCUGGGCGCUGGCGGUGGCGCGGCGGCGACGGAGGCAGCCGAGCCCGCCACGUACACAGCAUGGAGAACGGCUGCGAGGCGGGGGAGGGCCGCGACCCGCGGCACUGCCUUCGUCCUGGCGGAUCGUGUGGGGUCGGCGCCCGAGGCGCGGUGGCAGUGGAGGCUCGAGGAGCUCGGGCGAGAUGGCGGCCCGAAGGCACCCAGCGCCUGCCCGCCGACCACUGCGGUGAAGGGGGUGGAGUGUGAGAGGGACUCGGCCGAUGAUGAUGAGGCUGCAAAUGAUGAGCCUCUUGGCAUUGACCCGUCGGAGUACACUGUCAAGCACGACGGGCGCAUGCAGCCAGGUGUUGCACAGCAGGACCUCCAGGAGAAGGUCGGGAUCGGCUCCGCGGGCCCCACGAGGGAGGUUCACUUCGAGGAGGAGUGCACGUGGGCGGACUCCCAGCGGGUCCAGGAGCAGGAGUCGGAGGCCCAGGACAAAACUACAUCGGAGCCCGCUCUCGCCGAGACGCCGAUGCGCGUGGGCACCCAGGCGGUCUCCGAGCAUCAGUCCGACGCCAACCAGCAGCGCGACUCCGAGCAGCCCGAGGAGCAGCAGCAGUUCCCUUCCGAGCGGGCGGAGCUCGCGGCGCUGCGGGCCAGAUACAACGGGCUGGUAGCUGGGGUUCGCGCCGCCUUGGGCGCCAAGCUGCGCGCAGCCCGCGAGGCGCGCGGCAGGCGCUGA